GCGGGUGGAGCGUCGCUGCGCCGGCGCCGUCACCUCACGAGAGAGGCCCAGUCGGCCAGAGCAGCCGAGGCCGGGCGGUCGACCGAUCCGUCCCACUCCCGCCCCCAGUCCAGCCCAGCAGGUUUGCAGUCGCCCGACUGACCGUCCGCACUGCCUCAGUCGGCGCGAGCCGGCCAGUGGGAGUGUGUCCUCUGAGCCUGAGCCGCGGCCAGCUGGUCAGGUUGUCGUAUUUCGUGCCGACCAACCAGACUGCUCCGGGUGCAAUGACACCCAGUAGCACUUGCAUGAACGGGCCGGAAGGCCGGUUGGUGUCCGGUGACGCGCUGCUGGAGGGCGUCGGCGCUCAGGGCUGGUACCAGCGCCGCCUGCUCUGGCUGUUCGUGCUGCCCGUCUGCUUCUUCCUGCCCGUGGUCUGCCUGAACGUGCUGAUGCAGGUGACGGCACCGGACCACUGGUGCCACGUGCCCGGCCGGCCUGACAGCGUGUCCCUGGACCAGUGGCGCCAGCGCACCCUGCCGCGGCGGCGCCUUCCGGGUGGCUCGGCGACCCACAGCCGGUGUCUCAUGUUCAGCGCCGCGCUGACAAACGCCACUGAUGACUGGCGAAACACCACUUACGACGCUGGCGCGACCCCAGCUGCGUCUUCAAACCAAACGGCGGGCGUGACAGCGUGCCAGUUCGGCUGGGAAUUCGACCGGAAUGACUUCUCGGAAACGGCCGUGUCGGCCUUCCAGUGGGUGUGCGACCAGAGCCAGGAGAGCACCCGGCUACUCACCACGUCCUCCGUGGGAAAUCUCCUGGGCAGCAUCGUCUUCGGUUGGCUGGCCGAUAGGCUCGGCCGUCGCCUGGUGUUCUUCCUGCUGGCCGUCCUGCAGCCGCUAGUCAGCGUGGCCGGCGUGCUGGCCGCCCAGCCGACCGUGUUCAUCGUCAUGCGCUUCUUCGCCGCGCUCUGCUACCCCGUCAUGUAUCAGCUGGUCUUCACCAUCGGGAUGGAGUUUACUGGCGUCUCGCGGCGUACCUGCUACGCCGUGGUAGUGUCCAUGGCCUUCACUCUGGGAAUGUGUGCCCUACCACUUGUGGCCUACCUGCUAAACGACUGGGUGCACCUGGGCCUGGCCAGCGCUCUACCAACGCUGCUCUUCCUGCCCUGUUUCUGGUUCAUCAGCUGA